AUGAAGAGAGCAUCAAGUGUUGGCCUGCAGUUUGGCCCUUUUAAAAUUGUUGCAUCAUUGCAUCCUCCGACGUCAUCUUCUCCCUUGGAACUGAAUUCCAUUGUGAAGAAAGUUCCAUAUACAAUUCCUAUUCAAAUGGUGCAUAUCAUUGGAAGUAUGGCACGGGCGAUAAUUAAGGAGUAA